GCUAUUCUGUGCCAAGUGCAGUCCUUCGCACCACCGCGUGUGGACUGGCGCGGGUGCUGCUGCCGUUUGUGCUGGUCAGUGCCUUGUUCACAGCCAUAGACACAGCAUACUACCUCGGGCCCUUCCGCCUGACAGAGGUUGCCGUGGCACUCAACCACUACCUACACAUCCCCACCGUCGACUCUGUGCAGCACACGGUCAGAGGGCACGUGCACGCUACGGUUGCGUACUCCGUGCGUGCUUGGGUACUGCCUGUGGUCAUAUGGCUGGGGGAAUGCCUGGAGAGUGCGGGUGUGGGCCGCGUGGGCGCAAGUGUGGAGGAGAUGGACAUGAGCGCCUUCGCAGGCGUGUGGCAAUGGAUUGUACUAACCCCCCUCAACGGCCUCAGCUACAACCUCGACACCGCUAAUCUAGCAACUCACGGCCUACACUCCCGGGCUACACACCUGGUCACCAACAUGCCCAUGCUGUACGGACCUUUAGCACUCACGCUGCUGUAUGUGACUGUACGCGCACUCAGUGUGUGUGCGUUGAGUGUGCGGGUGGGGCGGCGAGAGGGGUCAAGAGCGUGGCAACGGCUGGCGGUGACGGUACUACCGCCGGCCGUACACUUGGAGAAGCGGCCGCUUGUGCUGCAACACCCAGGACUAUCCCCCAAGAAACCAACCAACACCACACCAACGCAGACACCAAUAAACCCCCCGGACACGCGCACUCGAACGCGAUCCCGAGCCAGCCAAGGCAGAGAGAGUACCAGCACUCAACACACACACACAGACUACACAAGACACACCAACACACCCCGUACGAUCAACGAGACGGUCCAGAGUGUCCUCACACACCGGAGCAGGGAUGCACGGGCGAAGUCGGGGGAUAUAGAUAGGGAUAGGGAUAGGGGUGUGCAGAGCGGCAGUGGUAUGCACGCGACUGGCCAGGGUGUGGCACGGGGGUGUCAGGAAGAAAGCGUGGAUGAUGUGCUCAGAGGCAUCGGAUCGCUCACACUCGAUACCUCUGCGGCCUGGAGGCAGAGUGGGAAGGAUGGUACAGCACCCCUCCAGUCUACACACACACACACAUACACACACAGUACACACAGUGUCGGUGAUGAAGGUGAUAAGAGAAGGAACCCACGCACCACUCCACGUGUGCGUGCGAGUGGUAAGUCUCCGGCCCUGACCCUGAACCGCGAUGAGAUAGGCACGUACGACGACAUGUGCGACACCAGCCCGUACGCUCCCCUGAGAGAGCACACACCGCUGAGAGGACAUUCCCGCUCGGUGCACGCGUUCGUACUGACGUUCUUGCUGGCGUGUGUGUGGGUGCCACUGGCGGUGCUGUCUGUGCAACCCCAUCAGGAGGCAAGGUUUCUGUUGCCCUUGGUGACGCCGAUGAUGCUUCUCACAGCUACGCCGUACUUCCAGACUAGUCUCGCCAUACCCACGUUUGUGCUGUUCAAUGGGGUGGUGGGAGCUAUGUACGGGUACAUCCACCAGGCAGGCGUGGUGCCGUCGCUGGUCUAUCUGCGCGAUGACAUACACACAACGUUCGAGGUCACCGGUUGUGAGGACUUUACGGCUGUGUACUACCAUACCUACAUGCCCCCUCGGUUCCUGUAUCUCAGCACCGGAGAAACACCGUACACGUCAACUCUGGACGAUCUCAAGGGGGCGGAUGUGGCUGUGUUGAGCGCGCGUAUACACGAAUGGGUAACCAAUGGCAACGAAGAUGUGGGUGGUAGAUAUGGACAAGACAAUACACCUGUGGAUGGUAAAUUUGGACCGGUCCUAGAGCGGGUCCGCAGAGACGUGCACAGACACACGCCUCGGAGUGCGGCGGUACGGAAGACGGAGGGUAGGCAAGUGCGGGGGUAUGCUCAUACGGAUGGAGGUAAACAUACAGACACACAGGCAAUACUGCAUGCACACGUGCAGCAGGAAACACAGCCGCAGGCUCAGGCUCAGGGACGAAUGAAGCAGGAUGGACAGGAACACGCACACACACACGAGCGUAGAGAUGGGGGUAGAGACGAUGGAGCGGAUAGGAGUCAGCUGGGCAAGGGUCCUGUGGUUGGUGAGGAUAGGGCAUCUGUACAUACCGGGGUGGAUGCGGGUGAGGGUAGUGAUGUGAGUGGGGAGUCUGGUAGGGACAUAGACCCGAACGGGUUGGUGGGUGUGCAUGGGAUGGGUGAGGCGAAUGAAAGGGGUGUACGAGAUGGGGCUCUGGGGGAGCGGAAGGAACGGUAUACGGAGGCUAGUGUAGAUGGUUACAGUGAAAGAGAGGUUGUAGAGCGAGAUAUGGGCGUGGAUGGACAGGAACACAAAGAGCUGCCUCAUACACACACACACAUGCACGCGGAUAUAGGGGACGCGUACACACACACACACACACACGACCCACACGUCCACGAAGCAUAUACAGCUGUGGAGGAUGUACAUGAGAGCUAUGUACACGUUCAGGGGACCGACGCACAUACCCACGACGUUGAUAGCAUGGUUGUAGAUGACAGCACACACCAGCACUACACAGACGGUAAAUGGGACACAGGAGGUGGGGAUGAGCAGCAGGGGCAGGUGAUGAGUGCGACAGACAACGGGCCCUGCAGGACGCUGUAUGUGGUGCUACCCAGCACAGUCGAGGCUGCCAUAUACACACUGGAACAGAAUCCCGACGUAAAUUUCACAUUGCAACGUGACUUCUUCCCGCAUUUCUCCGGGGAGGAUAUACCGCCGAUAGACCCAUCGGAACUGCUAGCGCCAUCCCAAAACGGACAGAAGAACGUUUUGAGGCACUUCUCAUUGCGCGUCUACAAAGCCACAGCGGGUGACUGUGCGGAGGACUUAUAGCAUGAACGCAUUGUAUUUCGUAAAUGCCUUUUAGAUGAACUGGAAAUUAACACCACACUUCGUAUCCAGCCAGACAUACCGGAAGUGUUGUGUAUAGCUUAUUACACCAAGCUAACCUCGUAGGGGGGGGGGGUAAGCACUGGCUGAGAACACAAACGGAUAUAUUCUCGGCACAGACACUCCACUGGCACUUCAACAAUGCAUCUUCAGUAGGCACGCAGAUCAACCAACCAACCAACCAACCAAUCAAGAACCACACACUUGCAAACAUACAGCUGGGGGUAGUCUCAGCACACAGCCAACAUGUUUACCGCGUAGGGGGUGGCAGGUGUAUGUGGCUGUGUUCUAACGCACCCCAUGUCGAAGUCACGGGUCCAAUAGAGUAGUAUGUACAUUUCUGUAGAUUUGUAUGUAUAUUAAUAAAGAUUAGUAAAUACAUCGAUAGUAUACAC